AUGGCGGCAGAACAGAGAAAAUUGCUGGAACAGCUCAUGGGAGCUGACCAGCUCAUUGGCACUGGCGCCCAGGGUCGCAAUUCCCAGCUUUCUAUCACGGACCCGAAAGUCUGCCGUUCUUACCUCGUGGGAACCUGCCCGCAUGACCUCUUCACCAACACGAAGCAGGACCUCGGACCCUGCCCCAAAGUGCAUAGUGAGGGACUAAAGGCGGAGUAUGAUAGCGCAUCUCCUGCGGAGAAAGCGAAAUGGGGCUUUGAAUUUGACUACAUGCGCGAUAUGCAAAAGUACAUCGAUGAUUGUGACCGGCGAAUCGAGACUGCGCAGCGCCGGCUUGAGAAGACUCCGGAUGAGAUCCGGCAAACCAACAACCUGCUCAAGCAAAUCGCUGACCUCAACAACACGAUCAACACCGGCCUCCUCGAAGUCUCCGUCCUCGGCGAAACGGGCUCUGUCGCAAUGGCCCUGAACGAGAUGCACAAGAUCCGCACGGCGAAGCAGCAGAAGGAGACUGCUGAGCGCGACCUCAAGAACCUCCAAGACACCUCCGGUCCGUCCGGCCACCAGAAGCUGCAGGUCUGCGACGUUUGCGGCGCCUACCUUAGCCGGCUUGAUAAUGACCGACGAUUGGCGGAUCAUUUCUUUGGAAAGAUGCAUAUGGGAUACUCGGAUAUGCGCAAGGGCUUUAAGAAACUCAGCUCUGAGCUGAAGGGCCGGGCGCCGCCAGUUCGUCACGUCGAGGAAGAGGAUCCGUAUAGUGCAGGUGGUCGAUCUGGUGGCCGCGGCCCACGGUAUGGCGGCGGUGGUGGUGGUGGUGGAUUCCGACGACGGGGUGGAAGGUGGUAG